AUGGGACGAGUUUUCAGAAUUUUUAGAAGGGGCAGGGGAAGACCUUUGUGCUUCUUUCAAUCAAUCGUAUAUAUAUAUAUAUAUAUAUAUAUAUAUAUAAUAUACUAG